UCAUUUAGGAAGAAGUGGAGUGAUUCGCAUUGAUUGUUGUUAUCAUGAGUGACUUUGGAAGGGGACCCACUUCCGGUCUUACAGGUCCUCCUAAACCACCACCUCACGCAGCAAUACAAGAUGGACCUCCUCCUGGUGGUUAUCCACCUAUCGAUGUGCGUAGAAACUUACCAAAAGUCGGGCCUUCCGGGUCCACACUGUUGAUAGGCGUUGGGUUGAUCACCAUCUAUGGCUUUUGGGGACUGUCUAGAUCAGCUCAGCGCAGAAGACGACUCAAUCAGGAAAAGUAUCAAGUUCGUUUGGCUAUCACACCGUUUCUACAAGCUGAAGAGGAUCGACAAACUGUGAAGCAAAAUCGACGACGUCUUCGUCAAGAGGAGGAACUUAUGAAGGAUGUUCCUGGUUAUCAACCCGGUGAAAAUGUGUACAAAACGAGGAAGUAUGCUCCUUAUGUGAAACCUUUAGUGCCUGGAGUUGGUCCACAAGGACUUCCAUAAGCCUAUACCUAAGCUUGUUGUUGAAAAGCAGUAGUUUUUUGAAAGUUUUCUAAAGUGAUGGCUGCCAAUAAAGCCGGAAUGGAAUUCCAUCUUGCACAGUAUUGUUCGAUUUCG